AUGUCGUCGAUGUUCAACAAAUGUUUCCCUGCGAUUCUUCGGUUUUGCGACAAAACAGUGCAACAAUUACCUACGAUAAUAAAAAUUUUAUCGACAAGCGCUUGUAUAAUACCUAUGAUCUUCUCGAAGAAAAUGUGGUGGUGCUCUCAAUGCGGCAAGCGAUACAUGUGGAGGGACUCGUUGAAGAAGCACCUGCGAGUCGAGUGCGGCAAGGAUCCUACGUUCGAAUGUCCCAUUUGUGGCCGAAAAUUCAAGCAUAAACAUCGUUGGCAGUCGCACGCUAAACUGAUUCAUUAUGUUACCAUGUGAUUUACGAAAAAACAGGCUUGACUCUAGCUAUUUGUAUUGACAAUUAAUACAAAUCAAAAGUGAAUCGAACAAGUGAUACAUGCUUUAAGGAAAACUGUGAUCGAGUAUUGUUAAAAAGAUUGAUUCAUUAUUGUCUUUUCAAUUUUGCCUCGAGAAAUAAAUGUCAAGCGUUACGAACGAAAUUUCACGAGUAUUUGUAUAACAUGUUACUUCUCGUUAAAUCCGUGAAAUAAUCGAAGAAAGGCAAAGAUCCGAAAACGAAAUGCUUGCGCGUUUUCUUUGUAUCUCGUAAGUAUAAUUAAAUGAAAGUACCUGCACGUUGUACUUUUCCUUAAAAAAGUUUACAAAAAUUUCGAAUAUACGCUAUCUUCGUACAAAUUAUUUUGACUUGUGCCAAACAAAUUCUCGUAAAUAAAGUAGGGAUUAUAUUUUCUUCGUCGCAUUUAAAAUGAGAGGAAUUAUGUCAUUUUCUUCGUUCUUACAUUGCACCCUAUGUCACAGCCGGCAUUCGCUCCUGUUUUCGUUAGAUUUUACGAUUUUAAAGUUCACGUAUGAAACAGUGAAUCUGGUAUAUAAAUAUCUAUACUCAAUGCUCAUAGCUCGUGAUCACGAUCGUCUUUCAUUUUUUCUCGCGUAUAAAUAUCGAAUCAAACGCGUUCUCCUCUUACUGACGAGCAUUCCGUCUUUUCUCUAUUUUCUAGUACCAAGGCUGACGGUGAAGAACAUCGAAAAUCUACGAUACAAAAGAC